AUGGGACCCUCCAGUCGUGCAUGGAAUGAGGAUUAUCGUACACUUGGUGAAGGUUAUCCCGAAAGUGUCUUUUGCGUGGAUCAUAAAAUUUCAGCUGAAAAGGGAGCUAAAAAGCGGAAUGGUCGGGAAGGCGCUUACGAAAUAUCAAUUCCUUUAAACGCCUCCUCGAUACCCACCACCAACAACUGUUUGGGCUAUCCUGGUAACGUCACGUCAGGUCCUCAUUGCAUAAGUUCAUAUCAAACAAUAUCCUCUUCGCCGAAGCAAACCCGUCCGCUCAAGUUGGUGUCGAAACCUUUAAUGUUUUCAACAAUUCGGCCAUCUGACCACUUGAGUCUCGAGGUACCCAAUCGUAUAGCACUGAAAUCCACUGCGUACAUGGCUCCUGAUGGACGCCUUAUAUCAGUUGAAGGCACAGAACUCUACAACUUCUCUGAAGCUUAUCAAACUCUCGAUCCAUCUACAUUCACGAAAAAUUCGAAGAAGUCAAAGGAGAAUUCUGGAUUAGUUGAAGGUGCCAAGGUUACUUUUAAUGUGGAUAUGCUUCCCGUAGCUCAGACCGGUGAAAGGAUGGAGAGUGGAGAAGGAUUCGGACGCCUUCUCAAAAACGACAUUCUAGGCGAGAAGGAUGGUGGCAACGUCAAUGGGGACCUCCAAAAACCAGUUGAUGACGAUCGACAUGAUUUGGUUGUCUAUGGGAAAUCCGCCAAUCCCUCAAGCUUUGUGUAA